AUGCAGUUCACUACUACUACCCUCGCUCUUCUGAUUGCUUCGGCAAAUGCCUCUCCUCUCCUGGGCCUCAAGCUCGGUGGCCUCAACGUUGGCGUUGCCACUUCCAGCGCUCUUUUGGAUGUCAAGGUUGAUUCCCCUAAGCCUUCCGCUGUGAAGUCGGACGUUGCCACCAUCACCGCAGCGCCGACUGCCACUGCAACCGGCCAGCCAGUUAUGCCAUCGAGCUUCUCUGCUCCAGUCCAGGGCCACGGCAUCCUCGCCCUUGACAACCUACCUGCUCUGCCCGCUGUCAUCGACAAGCCUCUGUCUGGUGUUCUCGGAGCCGUUUACGGUCUCCUAUCCGGAAUGUGCAACACGGAUCACAAGUGCACCAUCACCGUUGCAGGCUCUCUCGAGAACCUGCUCGUCGAUGGCGACAAGUACUCCAUGAACAACACCGUCAGCGCAUGGUGCGCUGAGGGCCGUUGCUACGGUUCUGCCAAUAUCCCUCUCACAGCUACCGCUCCCUUUGUCAUUACUUGCGACCAGAUCUCUGGCCACAAGGCGUGCUCUGCCACGAUUUCGGGCGCUGCCCGUGCCCUCUUUACUAACGGAGAGCAAGUUGAACUCUGGGGCUGGUUGACCCCCGCUGGUUACUGCAAGGACGGUAGAGUUGUGAUGGCUGAGAUGACUGAGAUGGGCACCGGCACUUGUCAUUCCUUCUUCCAGUUCGUGCCUGGGCCCGGCAUGGAGUUUUGA